AUGGCUUGCCAACAACAUCAAAUAAUAGAACGACAAAGGGAUGAUGCAGAGAUAUACAAAGGAGAAGCAAUAUGCAUGCAAAAAACAAAGCUUCUCCUCGAUGAAAUUUGCCUCCCAAGGGGUUUGCUUCCUUUGGACAACGUUGUCGAAAUGGGUUACAACCGUGUCACGGGUUUCGUGUGGCUCAAGCAAAGAGGCAAGAAGGUGCACCGGUACAACGACAUCGGUCGCACGGUUUCGUUCGACACGGAGGUCACCGCCUUUGUGGAGGAACGCCUGAUGCGGAGGGUCACCGGUGUUAAGACCAAAGAGCUGUUUAUAUGGCUUCCCGUGACAAAUAUCUUCAUUGAUGACCCUUCUUCUAAUAAGAUCUCCUUCGCCAAUUCCUCUGGGAUUGCUAGAUCGUUUCCUCUAUCAGCAUUUGCUCUUCAAGAAGAACAUACAACGCAACCAAAUCAACAUAGUAUUUCAUCAAAACACUUUUUUUAA